AUGUCGCCUUAUAAAUUAGUUUAUGACCAUGAUGUUGUACUCCCAUUUGAAAUCAAUUUAAAUACUUUAAGGGUAUCAAAACAGAACGACUUGCCAGUCGAUGAUUAUUGGAAUGUUAUGUUCGAUGAGUUAAAUGAAUUAGACUCAGAGCGAAUAUUGGCACUGGAGAAUAUGAUUCGACAAAAAGAAAGUGUUUCUCGAAAUUAUAAUCGUCGAAUAAGAGAAAAGUGCUUCAGUAUAGGCGAGUUGGUUUUGAAAGUUAUUUUUCCAAUGAAAAAGAAAUUGAGAUUUCUUGGCAAGUGA